UCGGGGCCUGGGCGGGCCACAAGGAUUGAGAUCUGGAUCUGGGACUGGGAAUUGGGCCGGGGUCUGCAUCCUGGGGCCGAGGGCUGGGAUUGGGAUCAGGACCGGGACCGGCGCUUAAGACUGCGACAAGCACCGGGAUCUGGGACUGGGACUAGCACCGGGACCGGCGCUUAGGCGCGGGAGCGGCGCGGAGCCAUGCCGUACCUGGGCGGCGAGGAGGCGCAGCGGGAGCUCCGGCGGGCGCUGUCGAACCCGCACGUGCAGGCNNNNCCGCGCCGCGCUGAGCCGGGUGCCCGCCGCAGGCUGAUGGCGCAGGGCGCCGACGUGUCGGGGCUGUUCCCGGAGAUGGUGAAGGCGGGCGCCGUGUCGGACGUGGUGCAGAAGAAGCUCGUGUCGUUCUACGUGCGCGCCCAGGCCCCGCGGCAGCCGCAGCUGGCGCUGCUCGCCGUCAACUCCCUGCGCAAGGACUGCGCGCACCCCAGCCCGGCCGUGCGGGGGCUCGCCCUGCGCACCAUGUGCGGCCUCAGGAUGCCCGGCAUCCAGGAGUACCUGCAGCAGCCCAUCGUGAGCGGGCUGCGGGACAAGGCGUCCUACGUGCGCAGGGCGGCCGUGCUGGGCUGCGCCAAGAUGGUGAAGCUGCAGGGGGACUGCGAAGUGGAUGGUGCUCUGGUGAAYGAGCUCUACAGUUUGCUCCGUGAUCAGGAUCCCAUCGUGGUUGUGAACUGUCUGAGGGCCUUGGAAGAGAUCCUGAAGAAGGAGGGAGGAGUUGUCAUYAACAAACCCAUUGCCCAUCAUCUCCUCAACAGGAUGCCUGACCUGGACCAGUGGGGGCAGAGCGAGGUUCUCACCUUCCUGCUGCGCUACAAACCCCGCAGCGAGGACGAGCUCUUCGACAUCCUCAACCUGCUCGACGGCUACCUCAAAAGCAGCAGCCCCAGCGUGGUGAUGGCGGCCACCAAGCUGUUCCUGGUGCUGGCCAGGGAGUACCCAGAUGUGCAGGCAGAUGUUCUGGUGCGGGUCAAGGGCCCGCUGCUGUCYGCCUGCACCUCGGAGAGCAGGGAGCUCUGCUUCACCGCGCUCUGCCACGUGCGCCAGAUCCUCAGGAGCCUGCCCGGCCACUUCAGCAGCCACUACAAGAAGUUCUUCUGCUCCUAUUCGGAGCCUCACUACAUCAAAUGCCAGAAGAUGGAGGUGCUGUGUGAGCUGGUGAACGAUGAGAACGUGCAGCAGGUGCUGGAGGAGCUCAAGGGUUACUGCACCGAUGUGUCGGUGGAGCUGGCGCAGGCAGCGAUCUUUGCCAUCGCCAAUAUUGCCAGGACUUACACCGAGCAGUGCGUGGGGAUCCUGACAGAGCUGCUGGGGCUGCAGCAGGAGCACAUCACUUCAGCUGUGGUCCGUGCUUUCCGGGACCUGGCCUGGCUGUGUCCCCAGUGCACGGACGCCGUGUGCCAGGCGCUGCCAGGCUGUGAGGACACCAUCCAGGACAGCGAGGGCAAACAAGCACUGAUCUGGCUCCUGGGCACCCAUGGGGAGAAGAUCCCCAACGCUCCCUAUGUCUUGGAGGAGUUUGUGGAGAGUGUGAAGUCGGAGACGUUCCCAGCAGUGAAGAUGGAGCUGCUGACGGCGCUGCUGCGGCUCUUCCUGGCCCGGCCGGCYGAGUGCCAGGACAUGCUGGGCAGGCUGCUCUACUACUGCAUAGAGGAGGAGAUGGACAUGGCAGUUCGAGACCGAGGGCUGUUCUACUAUCGCCUGCUGCAGUCCGGGGUGGAGGAGGUGCAGCGGGUCCUGUGCAGCCCCAAGUGUGACCCCUCCCUGGGGCUCCUGGGGGCCCAGGCCAAGCAGCCAGUCAAYGCCUGGGCUUGGGACUUCAACAGCCUGGCCACGGUGUACGGCCGAGAGCGCUGGGCACUGGCCACUCAGCAGGAACCCUCCCACUCCUGUGCUCCUUGCCCUGGCUCUGGGAUCAGAGACACAGAGUCGUUGGUUUCUGAAGGGAAUAAGGAGGUCCUCGAGGUUCAUCCUGAUCCUCUGGUGUCUGAAGAGAAUAAAGAAGUCCUCAAGGCUCAUCCUGAUGCAGGCAGCCUGAGCUUGAUUCCUGAUGUUUCCCUGACUGCAGAGCAGUUUGAGAAGACCUGGCUGAGCCUCGGCACGAGCUGCCAGCUCUCCCUGCCCUGGUGUGGACCUGCCCACCCUGACACCAUCCAGACAGCCCUUCGUGUUGUCCACAUCCAGACCAUUGCCAUGAGCAAAGCUGGAGCCCAGCCCUGGAAAGCUUAUCUGAGUGCCCAGGAUGAGUCAGGCUGCCUGUUCCUCACAGAGCUCCUGCUUGAGGCAGCAGAUUCAGAGCUGCAGGUGUCGGUGAAGCAAAAAGAAGCAAAGCCAGAGGCACUGCAAGCCUUCAUCUCAGCCUUGAGGACRGUGCUGGAGGCAGUGGCUGGGCUGGAGUCUUGACUGGUCCCUGUUCCCAGCAGGAUGUGUGCUCAGCACACAGGAAAAGUUGAUUUCUCUGGUUUCAUUUGCCAUACCCAGUGCAGGUUUGGUGCUUUUAACCUGCAGAGUGUUGGCAGCCCUUCCCUGGGUGGUGUGGGGGAGGCUGCAGCUGGGGCUGGGGCACGGGGCAGGGUGAAGGGUCUGCCCUCCCCUCCCCUGGGCUGGGGGAAGGACAGGGUCACUCUGGUGUGGUCACAGAGCUGGGGACAUCARGGGUGGUUGGCACAAGGCACGAAUGUCCCUGAUGGAACCAGAAYUGAGCAGGAUUCAGGGGUGUGUUCUGGAGAGCUGACAAUUACAAAUUAUUUUUAAAAAAAUGUCAGAGGCACCAGGACUCUGCUACUUAUCUCACAUUAAGAGGAACAGUGCAGUGAAGAGAGAAUAUUUCAUUCUUGACUCCCUUCACACUUGAUUUAAUUUGCUGUCUGAUUUCAGACAGYGGUGAGCAGAGCUCUGCUGUGCCAGAGGAGGAUGGGUUGGAUGCAUCCUGCUCACCAGAACCUGCAUGUUGCACUUCCAGGAGACAGACACAGGGUUUGUAGUUGAAAUGUGUUACUGAGGUCAGGAAUUGCGCUCUCUGCAGUCCCCGCAUCUCCCUGUGCUGUUGCCAGGCCCCUCAUUGAGGGUGAGGUACACAGGGAGAUGGACUUAACAGGGCUUUAGGGUACUCUCUGAGGAGCACAAGCUUCUUCAACCCUAAUUCUGUCAGAUUUCUUGUAAUUUUUAAUUUCUUUGAGUGACUUGAUUUUGUCUUCAGAUGGCAGUGAGCCUUCCAUGCACUUCAUUGAAACCUGUCACUGUUAAACAGACUUGCCUUCUGCUUUUCCUAAUAAAAAUGUGAAUCAUU